CGCAGUAAUGUCGCCCAGUCAGGUUUUGUUGAUCUCAGUGCUAUUGGGUCUAAAUAGUUAUCAUGUAUUUGGCCAAACCACCAUCGAUUGUCAAAGACCGCCGCAACUUGUGGAUCCCGCACUUUGCUGCAGGGAUGGAGGUCGCGACCAGGUGUCAGAGCAGUGCGCCCAGCGGAUUCUAGGAGCAGCAAGUGGACAGAAGCCAGGAGGUCCUCCAUCACUGGACACGGCAGCAUGCCUCGCCGAGUGCAUUCUCACUUCAUCCAAGUACCUUGAGGAGCCCCAAAAACUGAACUUGGCCAACAUACGCAGUGAUCUCUCGGCCAAGUUCUCCAACGACAGCGUCUAUGUGGAAGCAAUGUCGAUGGCCUACUCCAAGUGUGAGCCCCAAUCUCAGCGCAGAUUGGCAAUGAUCCUGCAGCAACAGCAACAGCAACUGCAGCAGCAACAGCCCCAGCAGCAACAACCGAGAUGCAGUCCCUUCUCCGCCAUCGUCCUCGGUUGCACGUAUAUGGAAUACUUUAAGAACUGUCCGGAUCAUCGGUGGACGCAAAAUGCCCAGUGUGCUCUGGCAAAAGCCUAUGUUACGCAGUGCGGCCUGGGUGCUUAACUUUCCGAUUCAUUCCAGUCGAAGCUUGUAUA